UGCAAUGGGCAGCCCGAGUCGACCAUCGGCCAGACGUACGCUUUGUCAUCAAUCGACUUCCAUGCGCGAUGCGCAUUGCCAAGAGACCAACCAGGGAUGGCCUGCAGGAAACCAUUUAUCGGGGACAUCAUAUUUUGAUGACGAUGCGGAUGAAGGUGAAGCGUGCGAAGGUGAUGACGACGGUAAUGAUGAGGGAGAUGGAAUGAACAUUCUUGUGCAGACUUCAGACAAUGCUCGUGGAGACGCAGAAAGUGCACAACAUUCCAACCAAGGGCAGACCUUGGAUGGAUGGGAGGGUGGUCGUCCUCAUGACAAGCGCAAGGGCAAAGACAAUGUUGCGACAAACAAAAAACAAAACGUCCCUUGGACGUUGGAGGAGAGGAUCACCCUGGCGAGGUUGAUGGGGGAGGACGACGCCCUCAUGGAUGACACGGACGGUCAACAUCAGUUCACGAAGAUGAAGGAGCGGACAGCGGAAGAUCGUCGGAAGAAAUGGAUGAACAUGUUGAGCAAGGCAAAGCUAAUCCUGGACACGUGCGAGAAUGCGUCUGGCAUGCCUUCCUACUUCGACUUGCCCGUGGAGAAGCAAAAGGAAAUGGAGGUGCCUCUAGCCUUUGAGAGACCGCUUUGGGAGGCGAUGCAGUGGAAGUUGAAUAGACCGUUCAUGACCCGUGACAAAACAUUGGCAUCUAAGGAUCUGACCAGCGGAGGUGGGGAGACAACUCAAAAUGACGGUCCCAGGAAUCGUGGUUCCGGGAGAAGCGGUUCAGACGGUAGAACGACGAACAAUUCCGAGGGUGCAUCGAAGAGACGAAGAUCGAACAACGGCAAGGCAAGAGUGGAGGACAUGAGUUGCGGGGGGUCGUCGUUGGGGAGGGUGAUGGAGGAUUCUACAAGGGCGUAUUGCGACGGUCUUGACAAGGCCGCCUCCACUCUCACGAAGGCGACAUCGGAAGUCGGCACAGCAAUCGAGGCGAAAAUAGGUGACGUUGCAGACGCCAUGAGGGGGGGGAACACUGUACUUGAGAUGCUUGUCGGGGUUCUCGCCAGACGGGGGGUAGGGGAAGAGACAAGGCACGAGAGGGGCAAGGAACUUCAUCGAGAUACGGAGUGGGGCCCCAACGUGGGACUGCGGGAGAGUCGUACUUACUACGAGCUUGUGGAUGGUCUCAUCGCCAUGCAGAUCGUAGGAGGGCUGGGGUAUAAUGGCGAGAACAACCUCAUCGAGGUUGUCCUGUUCGUCCGGAUGUUGUCUGUCAUCGUCCCUGACACGUGGCAGAUGCCGGCACAUGAUGUCGUUGGCGAUGUCGUGAGGUUCCUGGUAUCCGCCCUGGCCGAAAAGCAUAUGGGUGCGAUGCACGGGAACGCGUCGUACAUGGCGCAUAUGGAGCCCCCCGUACGCGAGAGAGGUUACCUGCAUGGGGCGGUCAGAACUUGGUCCCCGGAGGAUGACAUACGGGCUGUGACGCGGAGGUGGUAGAGAGGAGCGUGGUAGCGUAUGAGCGUGAGCAGAGCGGUGGAAGGAACAAAUGCAACCAUAAACG